AUAUCUUCAUGUUAUGAGUUGGAGUGUUUCUGGAGUAGUUAAUGCCCAAGAAAAACAUUCAGGUCAGAAACACAGGAAGAUCCACUAGGUAGAGUUGCACAGGUUGCACACUGCACAAAGGCACCGAGUCGAUGGACUGCUCACCUGGACAUAAGCUCUGACCUGCACCUGCAGCUAUCAGAAGAAGAGGGACCAUUUUCUGUCCUCCCAAGUGCCCUGUGGGCUGGGCUGGCCCUGACUCCGUGGGAGGGGUGACUAGAGGGUCUGCAGAGGUGACCCCACAGAGGCCACACGGCACCAGCGGUUUGCACUUGGGCAGCCCCAGCUUGGAUUGUCACGGCAAGAUCUGCAGCUGUGCCACCUCCCCAAAGCCAGCCUUGUGCCAAGCAGUCCGUCUUAGCCAUGUGUGUGCACUGGGCUCCCUGAGAGAGUCUGGAAAGGACACUGCUCCUCCCACAUCCACAGAUGUCCUGGCGUCCGCAGUACCGCAGUUCCAAGUUCCGGAACGUCUAUGGCAAGGUGGCCAACCGGGAGCACUGCUUUGACGGGAUCCCCAUCACCAAAAAUGUGCACGACAACCACUUCUGUGCCGUCAAUGCCCGCUUCCUGGCCAUCGUCACGGAGAGCGCGGGAGGCGGCUCCUUCCUUGUCAUCCCCCUGGAGCAGACAGGCAGGAUCGAACCCAACUACCCCAAGGUGUGCGGCCACCAGGGCAACGUGCUGGACAUCAAGUGGAACCCCUUCAUCGACAACGUCAUUGCUUCCUGCUCUGAGGACACAUCGGUGCGGAUCUGGGAGAUCCCUGAGGGGGGGCUGAAGCGGAACAUGACGGAGGCGCUGCUGCAGCUGCAUGGCCACAGCCGGCGUGUGGGCCUGGUUGAGUGGCACCCCACAACCAACAACAUCCUUUUCAGUGCCGGCUACGACUACAAGGUCCUCAUCUGGAACCUGGACGUGGGCGAGCCAGUGAAGAUGAUCGACUGCCACACAGAUGUCAUCCUCUGCAUGUCCUUCAACACAGACGGCAGCCUGCUCACCACCACGUGCAAGGACAAGAAGCUGCGUGUGAUCGAGCCCCGCUCUGGCCGUGUUCUGCAGGAGGCCAGCUGCAAAAACCAUAGGGUGAACCGGGUGGUGUUCCUGGGCAACAUGAAGCGGCUCCUCACCACCGGGGUCUCCAGGUGGAACACGAGACAGAUCGCGCUCUGGGAUCAGGAGGACCUAUCCAUGCCGCUGACUGAGGAGGAGAUUGAUGGCCUCUCCGGCCUCCUGUUCCCUUUCUAUGACGCUGACACCCACAUGCUCUACCUGGCGGGAAAGGGCGACGGGAACAUCCGGUACUACGAGAUCAGCACGGAGAAGCCCUACCUGAGUUACCUCAUGGAGUUCCGCUCCCCAGCCCCGCAGAAAGGCCUCGGGGUCAUGCCCAAGCACGGGCUGGAUGUGUCGGCCUGCGAGGUGUUCCGCUUCUACAAGCUGGUGACCCUCAAGGGCCUGAUCGAGCCCAUCUCCAUGAUUGUGCCCCGGAGGUCGGAUUCCUAUCAGGAAGACAUUUACCCCAUGACGCCGGGCACGGAGCCAGCUCUGACCCCGGAUGAGUGGCUGGGCGGCAUCAACCGAGACCCUGUGCUCAUGUCCCUGAAGGAGGGCUACAAGAGGUCCUCCAAAGUGGUGUUUAAAGCUCCCAUCAGAGAGAAGAAAAGCAUCGUGGUCAACGGCAUAGAUUUAUUAGAAAAUGUCCCACCCAGGACAGAGAACGAGCUCCUCCGGAUGUUCUUCCGGCAGCAGGACGAGAUCCGGCGGUUGAAGGAAGAGCUGGCUCAGAAGGACGUCCGCAUUAGGCAGCUCCAGCUGGAACUGAAAAACUUGCGCAACAGCCCCAAGAACUGCUAGCUCCGGGCUGCUCUCCAAGCCGAUCUCCGUGGUUUCUGCUCGUCUCUUCACUUCCCUUUAACCGGUGGCCCUAGAGACAGAGCCAGGGCUGGAGCUAGGGGCCAACCUGAGGCCCCCACCUUCCACCUCAACAACUGGAAGCUGACCCUUGACCUCCUGACCUUCUGACCUCAUGCUAAUCCCGGUCCCCAGCCUCUCCCAGAGAACCCCACCCAUACCCCUUUCCUGCCUCCCCAGGAGCCAGGCUUCCCCUUGGCUGGGCCAGGACCAUGGAUUCUCCAAGGGGUGCCCUCCAUGGACCAGGGACAGAGGGGGAUGCAGAUCCCAGCUCGACUUAGAACUUGAACUUUUCCCUGCCGAGGGGCUGCCAGGACAAGUGGGCACUCCCAGUUCUGGGUCCCUGCUGGGCCUAUGGUGGGGCUGGACCGCAGGCCGGGGUCCCUGUGUCCCAAGAGCCCUGGAACCUGACUCACCCUUCUGGCUCUUCCCCUCCUGGCCCUUGUCUUCAGGGAAUGAAGCGGAUGCUUUCUAAGGCCAUAACGACCCUCGCCGCCCCGUGAUUCUCUUCAGAGCUCUUGCACACCCUUUUCCCUGCUGACUGUGUGAGCUAGGCAGGGUAGGGACUCACGUCCCCAUCUGUCAGUGACACGACUGAGGGCUGCCGUGGGGGGCGAUGUACUACGUCACCCAGCAGGGCAACAGUGCACCCUGGGUGUCCAGACCCCAAGGCCAGGCCCCCUCCUCUGCAUCCAGAUGCCCAUCGCCCUUGGGUUCUCCGGAAUCAGGGCUGAAGCCACUUCUACCGUCAGCCGAUACCUGUAGUGCCCGUGUGCCACACUGCCCCGUUGAGGGCACUUGGUGGCCCCGGACCCUCCUGGCCUGCACCCUUGGCUCCACCCCAGGGGACUCCAUCUGAGGGGAGGCCUCUU